UUGGUUUCUUACUGUCAAAUUUGGCAGCAAGUCUUCUUUUCAUAUAAAUAAUGCUAAAAACACAAAAGUCCUGUUGGGUUCAGGUGUUUGGAGUUUUCUAAACUUCUACAUUCUAAACCUUCUUCAGCUCUGAACAGAUUAUUACACACUGAAUGAUUUCAAGCAGGAAAAUUGUCUUCUAAAGUUACAUCAUUUAUUCUUUAUUCAGGUUGAGGAGCUGCUUUUUGUCAGCGACCAGCUGUGCUUCUCUGGCUUUAGCUCUGAAGUCCAACCCCUCCCAUCUGAGAGAGCUUGACAUGAGUGAAAACAACCUGCAGGAUUCAGGAGUGAAGCUGCUGCUGUGUGGUUUUCUGGAGGGUCCAGACUGCAGACUGGAGACUCUGAGAUUGAGUUGCUGCAGUCUGUCAGACAUCAGCUGUGCUUCUCUGGCCUCAGCUCUGAAAUCUAACCCCUCCCAUCUGAGAGAGCUGGACCUGAGUGACAACAACCUGCGUGAUUCAGGUGUGAAGCUGCUGUGUGGUUUUCUACAGAGUCCACACUGUAGACUGGAGACUCUAAGAUUGCGGGGCUGCGGUUUGUCAGAAAUCAGUGCUCUGGCCUCAGGUCUGAAGUCCACCACCCCCCAUCUGAGAGAACUGCAGCUGAGUAACAACAACCUGCAGGAUUCAGGAGUGAAGCUGCUGUGGUGUUUUCUGGAGAGUCCACUCUGUAGACUGGAGACUCUGAGAUUGAAGGGCUGCAGAUUGUCAAAGAUCAGCUGUGCUUCUCUGGCCUCAGCUCUGAAGUCCAACCCCUCCCAUCUGAGAGAGCUGGAGCUGAGUGACAACAAGCUGCAGGAUUCAGGAGUGAAGCUGCUGUGUGGUUUUCUGGGGAGUCCACACUGUAGCUGGAGACUCUGGGAAUACACAGACAUCAGAAUUGAGUUCCUGCAGUUUUUCAGAGAUCAGCUGUGCUUCUCUGGCCUCAGCUCUGAAGUCCACCCCUCCCAUCUGAGAGAGCUGGAGCUGAGUGACAACAAGCUGCAGGAUUCAGGAGUGAAGCUGCUGUGUAAGGGUCUGGAGAGUCCAGACUGUAAACUGGAGACUCUGAGAUUGAAUGGCUGCAGGUUGUCAAAGAUCAGCUGUACUUCCCUGGCCUCAGCUCUGAAGUCCAACCCCUCCCAUUUGAGAGACCUGGAGCUAAGUAUGAACAACCUGCAGGAUUCAGAUGCGAAGCUGCUAUCUGAUCUUGUGGAGAGUCCACACUGCAGACUGGAGACUCUGAGGUCAGUAGAGGGUUGGAGUCAGUCCAUGCUGGUUUCAGCAGUAUUGUACUAAACACAGUGUCAAAGCAGGGAUCCAGUAUUUCCUGUAAACCUCUAACCUCCAACCAGGAUUUUGAAAUUAGUGAGGUUAUUGGACCGUGACUUUAAAUUACCCUUUUUAAACUAUGUGUAGUCCUUGGUCCUGCGUGUUCUUUAAUGAAGCAAUAGGAGAAGGCGUUUUUGGUCAAAGUUAAUGAGUUUUGUUACAAGUAAGUGAAUAAAGCUUCCAGAGCUCUGGAUUUUGAGUCUUCCUUUCCCUGACCACCAACAAGCUGUGUAAGUUCAUGAAGUCUGACUCGCUAUCUCUCCCUGACCCAUUAUACAUCGUCAAGUCAUAAAACAAAAGUGUAGGUCAGUGCAUGAUUGGCCCACGUCCUCUGACCCCAAUGUUUCGUCAUCCGACUCCACGGAUCACCAUGCUGUUGCUGGGCAG